AGUCUGUGCCAGUGGAUCCUGAGUGUAAAGAAGAACUAUAGGAAAAACGUGGCCUACCACAACUGGAGACAUGCCUUCAACACCUCCCAGUGCAUGUUCGCCCUGUUCAAAUCUGGCCAGUUACAGGUGAGCUCAGCCAAUCAUUGGCCAGCAUGGCAAGGGUGCCGGGUCACUCCGUCCAGUCAAUAAAUAAUCAACCCCAGCAGGACGUCUUAUGUUUGUCAGUCCGACCAAUGGCUAAUGAGUCACCAUGCUGUAACUGUGCCGUAACCGGGUCAGUCCGACCAGUGUGUUUUGUCAAGUCAGCAUUGGCUUCCAGUAACCAUCAUAUUUAAAUACCAAAUGUUCUCUACUACAUCUGAAUGUGUUACUCUGACAUCUUAACUGAAAGUUAUCAGAUAUAAAAUGAUAUUAUGAAGAAUAUUGUUAUUAUGAAUAGUAAGUCGAAGACACUUGAGCAAGUACUGUGUCUCAGACAUAAACAGAACUCAACAUAUCCCAAACACACAGUUCCACUUUAACCCAGUUCCCCUCAGUACUCACACCCAGCUCUGUUCUGAUGACUAUGCAGAGGAAGUAGCCCACAUGUACUCUGCUAGGUUAAAUGUUACACUCCCGUUGUUGCUAACAAAUGACUGUUGAGUUACUGUGUCAGCUGCUCUCUCAAGCAGACAGUGUGUGUGCUCUGUGUGUGCGUGUGUCUGUGUGUUUGUGUGUGCGUGCGUGUUGAGAGUUGCCGUGUGAGUGUGUUUGCCCAACCAUUUGUGUCUCAUUGGUCGUAAUUAUGACUUGUGAUAAGCUCCUGUGUGUUCUUUCGUCGCGGUAGUGGAGAGGAAGGGAUAUAUGUGUGCGUAUGUGUGUGGGUGUAUGUGUGUGGGUGUAUGUAUGUGGGUGAAUGUGUGUGGGUAAAUGUACAGUCGUGGUCAAAAGUUUUGAGAAUGACACAAGUAUUGGUCUUCACAAAGUUCGCUGCUUCAGUGUUAUGAGAUAUUUUUUGUCAGAUGUUACUAUGGUAUACUGAAGGAUAAUUACAAGCAUUCCAUAAGUGUCAAAGGCUUUUAUUGACAAUUACAUUAAGUUUAUGCAAAGUCAAUAUUUGCAGUGUUGACCCUUCUUUUUCAAGACCUCUGCAAUCUGCCCUGGCAUGCUGUCAAUUAACUUCUGGGCCACAUUCUGACUGAUGGCAGCCCAUUCUUGCAUAAUCAAUGCUUGGAGUUUGUCAGAAUUAGUGGGUUUUUGUUUGUCCACCCGCCUCUUGAGGAUCGACCACAAGUUCUCAAUGGGAUUAAGGUCUGGGGAGUUUCCUGUCCAUGGACCCAAAAUGUCGAUGUUUUGUUCCCCGAGCCACUUAGUUAUUACUUUUGCCUUAUGGCAAGGUGCUCCAUCAUGCUGGAAAAGGCAUUGGUUGUCACCAAACUGUUCUUGGAUGGUUGGGAGAAGUUGCUCUCGGAGGAUGUGUUGGUACCAUUCUUUAUUCAUGGCUAUGUUCUUAGGCAAAAUUGUGAGUGAGCCCACUCCCUUGGCUAAGAAGCAAACCCACACAUGAAUCGUCUCAGGAUGCUUUAAUGUUGGCAUGACACAGGACUGAUGGUAGCGCUCAACUUGUCUUCUCCGGACAAGGUAUUUUCCAGAUGCCCCAAACAAUCAGCAGUCCAAUCCCUGUACCUUUUGCAGAAUAUCAGUCUGUCCCUGAUGUUUUUCCUGGAGAGAAGUGGCUUCUUUGCUGCCCUUCUUGACACCAGGCCAUCCUCCAAAAGUCUUCACCUCACUGUGCGUGCAGAUGCACUCACACCAGCCUGCUGCCAUUCCUGAGCAAGCUCUGCACUGGUGGUGCCCUGAUCCUGCAGCUGAAUCAACUUUAGGAGACGGUCCUGGCGCUUGCUGGACUUUCUUGGGCGCCCUGACGCCUUCUUCACAACAAUUGAACCUCUCUCCUUGAAGUUCUUGAUGAUCCGAUAAAUGGUUGAUUUAGGUGCAAUCUUACUAGCAGCAAUAUCCUUGCCUGUGAAGCCCUUUUUGUGAAAAGCAAUGAUGACGGCACGUGUUUCCUAAUAAUUAAUAAUAAUAAUUAAUCAGACGCUCUUAUCCAGAGCGACUUACAGGAGCAAUUAGGGUUAAGUGCCUUGCUCAAGGGCACAUCGACAGAUUUUUCACCUAGUCGGCUCGGAGAUUAGAACCAGCGACCUUUCGGUUACUGGCACAACGCUCUUAACCACUAAGCUACCUGCCGCCCUAUUAAUGGGUACACAUUUGCAGGUAACCAUGGUUAACAGAGGAAGAACAAUGAUUUCAAGCACCACCCUCCUUUUAAAGCUUCCAGUCUGUUAUUCUAACUCAAUCAGCAUGACAGAGUGAUCUCCAGCCUUGUCCUCGUCAACACUCUCACCUGUGUUAACGAGAGAAUCACUGACAUGCUGUCAGCUGGUCCUUUUGUGGCAGGGCUGAAAUGCAGUGGAAAUGUUUUUUUGGGAUUAAGUUCAUUUUCAUGGCAAAGAGGGACUUUGCAAUUAAUUGCAAUUCAUCUGAUCACUCUUCAUGACAUUCUGGAGUAUAUGCAAAUUGCCAUCAUCAAAACUGAGGCAGUAGACUUUGUGAAAAUUAGUAUUUGUAUCAUUCUCAAAACGUUUGACCACGACUGUAUGUGGGUGUAUGUGUGUGGGUGUAUGUAUGUGGGUGUAUGUAUGCGUAUGUGAACCUGUGUCUGUGUUAAUUUGCUGGUAGCCUACUAUGGCCUGUGUGCUGGUGUGGGUGGUGUGUUUGUGGUGUGUGUGCUGUGUGGUUGUGUGUGGUGUGUUGUGUUUGGGGUGGGGGGGUGUUGUGUGGUGUGUGGUGUGUCUGUGUAUGUCGUGGGUGUACUAUGGUCAUGUAAGAAAACCCAAAGACAUCUUUGUGGAGGACUAUGGUAGGACAAACACGAGACAAGAAGAGAGCAGCGCGAAGGCAGAGAGAGAGGGAGAGAGAUGACGAGAGCUAUCGAUCAUCCCCUAUCUCUCUCUCUGCUCUCUCCUCUCCCCCCCCUCUCCUCUCCCUCUCUCUCCCUCUCUCUCUCCCUCCAUCUCUCUGUCUGUCAGAGUAAUAUGAGUGAGCUGGAGAUCCUGGCCUUGAUGAUUGCCACCCUGAGUCACGACCUGGACCACAGAGGAGUCAACAACUCCUACAUACAGAGGUAGGCUGUAAUAGUGUGUGUGUGUGUGCGUAUCUUUCUGUGUGUGUGUGUAUCUCACAGUUGUUGUGUGUAUCAAUCUCCACCAGGAGUGACCAUCCCCUGGCCCAGCUCUACUGCCACUCCACCAUGGAGCACCACCACUUUGACCAGUGUCUCAUGAUCCUCAACAGCCCAGUAAGAACACACGAACGCACGCAUGCACACACACAAACUAACAAACACACACACACUUGUUCACUCAUUCCAUUAUUUACUCAGUAACUCGGAUCACACUUGAUUUGGAUAGUCCGGAUUGUCCAUCUGUAGAUGCUCUACAGGUGGUGAUAUCACCAACUAACUAUCUGUUGAUAAGCAACUGCUUGAUAAGGUUACGGUUAGGGUUAGGUUUAGAAAAAGGGUUAGGGUAAGGGUUAAGUUUAGGGUUAGGAUAAGGGGUUAAGGUUAGGGUUAGGGUUAGUAGAUAGUUAGUUGAAAUGUUACUGAUAUUCUGUAGAGCGUCCUACAGAUGGGCUAUCCAAAUAAACUGUUACCGUAACUCGUUCAGUCAGUUCUGCAUUUAUUCAUUUGGAACAACAAGACGGCCGGCAUCAUUCACCAUAAUGUAUUUGAGAUGCAUAGCAGGAUGCUAGUGUUUCCUCAUUUCCCCUUUAGUGCCAAUUUCAUGUCCCAAAUGGCACCCUAUCCCCUAUAUGGUGCACUGCUUCUUACCACUCACUACCUUGUCAAAAGUAGUGCACUAUAUGUCAUUUGGGAUGCAGCCCAUGAGCUCCAGCUGCUAGUCUCUAGGAGAUAACGCUCCUCUAUGGUGUAAUAAAGCACCGCUUCAUCUUUAUGGGAACAGAUUCACUGGAGGGCAACACUUAGUUCAUCUGGGAUGUAGUAGACACAUACACGCACGUUGACACACACACCAUUAUACACACACAUCGCAAAGAUAAGGAGAGCAGAUCCAAUUGUUGAAUUGAUUUCGAGUGUUGUGGAUUUUGUGUUGCCAUGGCACCCAUGUUAUAGUUGAACUUGCUCAAUAACUUGUACGCCCUGCCUCUCUCUCUCUCUCUCUCUCUCUCUCUCUCUCUCUCUCUCUCUCUCUCUCUCUCUCUCCCCCCCCAUCUCCCUCCCUCCCUCCCUCUCCCCCAGGGGAAUCAGAUUCUGAGCAGUCUGUCUCUGGAUGAGUACAAGGCCACUCUGAAGAUGAUCGAGAGGGCUAUUCUGGCAACGGACCUGGCUCUGUACAUGAAGUAGGUAAAAUGUCACACACAGCUGGGACGCUCACAGAGGCAGCCCAUUCAAGUCGCAUUUUAUUUCGUUUUCAUUAUAACUUCAAUUUAGGUUGAUGGGUCGUGGAAAAUGUCAAGGUGUAAGUGGAAAACCAUUGGCCUAUUCAUUAGAAGAGCUUAUGAUAAUGUGCUGAAACUGUGAUUUACUAUAUCUCUCCCCCCUCAUCUCUAUCACACAUGUAUCUCUUUUUUACACCCCUCUCCCCCUCUCCUAAUCUCACCUCCCCUCUCUCUCUUUUUUUUUCCCUCUCUCCCUGUCUGAAUUGUGGGCGUAUGACUGGACUGUAGGUGGAGGGGAGAUAUGCAGUUAAAUGGAUAUCUGUCUAUCUUUUCAGGAGGAGAGGAGAGUUCUUUGAGCUGACCAAGAACAGCCAGUUUGUCUGGGACGAUGACUACCAUAAAGACUUACUGAGGUUAGUGGACACAACAUACAGUAUACAUCUUCACCAUUUACCUGGGGACAGAUUGUUUGUGUCUGUCAAGGUUGGGAUCAAUUCCAUUUCAAUUCAGUCAAUUUAGAAAGGCUAUUGAAAUUCCCAAUAAAACAUUCCCAAUGAAAAAGUCCCCAUAGAAAAUAGGAUUUUUUUUAUUUCACUUUCUAAAUUGACUGGAUUGAAGUGGAAUUGACCUGAACCCUGGUAGGGCUGGGAAUUGCCAGGGACUUCACAAUACGACAUUAUCACAACACUUAGGUGCGGAUAAGAUAUGUAUUGUGAUUCUCACGAUUCUAUAUGUAUUGCGAUUUGAUGUUUCAAACAUAUUGCUCACUAUGUCUGCUGCAGAGAGACAAAGCAGAGCAUGAGAAAAGGAGUUUUGAUUAUUCAUGGGAAAAAAGUGCUGAAAAUAUGUUAACUCACUAUUUAAAAAGAAGAUGAGAACAAGCUACAGGAUGAAAAAUACUGGAGUUUUGGUGCAGGUACAGCUGACUAGCGCUAGCUAACGCUACCUAGCAAAAUAAAUAUAAUGAUUUUGUACAAAUCGAUACUUGGAGUCAAAGUAUCGAUAUAAUAUUGUCAAACAAUUAUAUCGCGUUAUGUAACUAUCCAUUUUUUCCCCGUCACUAAACCCUGGUGUAUAGUAUACUUGAGUGUACAAAAUAUUAGGAACACUAAUUCUGAUUGGCUGGGCCUGGCUCCUCAGUGGAUGGGCCUAUGCCCUCCAAGGCCCACCCAUGGCUGCACCCCUGCCCAGUCAUGUGAAAUCCAUAGAUUAUGGCCUAAUGAAUUUAUUUCAAUUCACUGAUUUCCUUAUAUGAACUGUAACUCAGUAAAAUCUUUGAAAUUGUUGCGUUUAUAUUUUUGUUCAGUAUAUGUCAUGGAAAGAACACUCAGUGUAAAGCUCUAUACUUGUCUAACAAUGGUUUUGUGUUGGUUUAUCACCCCCUGUAGGUCAAUGCUGAUGACAGCAUGUGACAUUUCUGCCAUUACCAAGCCCUGGCCAGUACAGAAGAGGGUAAGACUGUCCAGUUAGAUGCCUUUUCUUUUCUCCCAUUAGAUUAUCUCUUUCUUUCUGUCGCUUUCUUUCUUCUUCUCCCCGUCUCACUUCAACUCCCCUGUGUAAGUCUGUUUCUCCUGUUCCUCAUUAGGCUCCCUAGGUGCAAUGGAGGGAGAGGUUCAGACAGGCCUCUAGCCGUGUGUGUUUGUGAUCAAAGAGCUAGAUGCUCAUUAGAGGAUAGACACAAACAGCUGUAGCCCUGUCCUCUCCUCACAUAAUACCCACAGAACUGAUACGAACACACACGUGCACACAAAUGCAAUUCAGGACAGUCUUAACAGGAACUCUGUGCACACACCAGCGCGCACAGUCUCUUUCACAUACAUGCAUUUUUUGUUGAGCUCAGUAGAUGUUAUUAUUAGAGUUGAUGCUACAUCAGCCAAGAUGUGUACAAACAUGUAUUCUCUCCUUCUCCCCCUUCCUCUCCUCCCCCGGGUUCUCUCCUUUCCUCAGCUGACCACCCCCCCCCCCCCCCCCCUCACAGCUCUCUAGUCUUGAUUACACAGCUCCAAUCAGUGUUCCGCAGAUGGCUGCCACACACACACACACACACACACACACACACACACACACACACUUCCUUGAUUGGGGACCCGAGGCCCUAGUCAGAUCUUAUUAAUCCUUUGGAAAGAGAAAGAGACCAUCAACACAGCGUGGUUGCUGCUCCGUUCAAAACGUUCUUUCUCUCUAUUUCCUCUCUUGCUAUUUCUCUCCUGCCUCAUUCCCGUGCUAAAAAUGUCAAGGAACACUUUGUAGGGUGCUGAGUGAGUGCUAUUGUGGGGUAUCAGAUAAAAUUGGCAACAGAGAAUGUACUUUUGAUCCACAUAACAGGAGUAUGAUUGCCUAUCCAGCCUCCAUCCCCUCUCAACCUGCCUCAUCACAUUCAUGUUAACACCUCCAUUGAAAUUCAUAGAUAUCUGCAAAAGACAUGAAUAAACAAAAAAGCCUGAAUAGGACAAAGAUUGGCUUAAGCAUUUAUUCAGAUACAAUCCUAUGGUUGUAUUCUAGCAAACCAGACUCUGCAUGCGGUUGUUGAAAGACUAAGAGGGUUACAUUUGUCCUUUACCCGAUUGAAACAACAUUCCACUUUGAGGCACUUUUAAAAGCUCCCUUUCUUUUUUGUCUGUCUCUAUCCAUCUUCUCUUGCAGAUAGCCGAGCUAGUGGCUACAGAGUUCUUUGAGCAAGGGGACAAGGAGAGACAAGAACUCAACAUUGAGCCAAUAGUAAGCACUUUUUCUGUUCCCUACUACCUGUACUUAUUAUACAGUAUGACACUAUUACAUUGCUCAGUUGAGCCAAUGCCAUUGGAAAUCAGGGUUUGUGAAAUUGAAUUACAAGGCUCCAAGAUUCUGAUUGUAAUAUCUUGGCAUGUGUACAUACUGGCUUUGUGCAAAGCCAGGUUUUUACUAGUUGGCAAGCUAAGUCAGAUAUCAAUUUCAGAGCAAAUUAGAUUUGGACAAAAAUAAUAAUCUGAAGUUCGUUUUUCCUUUCCUAGGAUCUGAUGAAUCGGGAAAAGCGGGAUAAGAUUCCGAGCAUGCAGGUAUCGUUCAUCGAUGCCAUCUGUACACAGCUGUAUGAGGUGAGGCUCAGAAAUGAUUGAUUGAUCUUUAUUUGUCAUGUUUAAGAAAAAUGUAAUUGGCCAUAUGACAUGUAAACACUGACACAAAGAAGGUGCGCUCUCAUUGUCCCUGUCCCCCUCUCUCUCUGUCUGUCUGUCCAUCAGACCUUGGCUGGCAUGUCUGAGUCCUGUUCCCCACUACUCGAGGGCUGCCAGAAGAACAGACAGAAUUGGAAGAUUCUGGCUGAACAGGGCGACAAAGGCUUUUUCAACGGAGCGGUGUAG